GCUUUGAGAUUCGUGUAUCUAUGCACACAAGCACCAUUAUCUCAAAAAUUUGCCGUCAAUACGGUUAUCUAUCGAUAUAAUUUGGUAGGUCAUGCUCGGAAGAAUUGACUAUCAGAGUAUUUGUGGUCUCCAGUGGAACAGAACCUUCAAAAUGGCCAAGAUCUUCAUCCUUGUCGCUGCAAUAAUAGCGAUUGCAUUGGCUGCACCAAGCGAAAAACGGAAAGUGUCGCUAAAGAAAUUUUUCGAACAACGAAUGCCGUUCCGUGAACCUGCCCCAUUCGAUGGCCCCAUUCCAGCCAAUGUUACAUUGCUAACGGUUACGCAACGAGUUGAUAAUUUCAAUCCUGCCAACUUAGACACUUGGCAACAGAGAUACUUCAUGAAUAAUGAAUUUUAUCGGCCAGGAUCGCCGAUUUUCGUGUUUUUAGGUGGUGAAUCGGCUAUCAAUGAACAACGGUUGACUAGCAGCCACAUGUACGAUAUUGCUAGAGAUCUGAAUGCGAACCUUUUCCAUUUGGAACAUCGUUUCUACGGUGAAAGUCGUCCAACAGAGAAUGUAUCGGACGCCAAUUUGAGAUUCUUGACAGUGGAACAAGCUUUAGCAGAUACAGCACACUUUAUCAAUCACAUUCAAUCCACGGUAGAAGGAGCAGCAAAUGCACAAUUCAUUUUAGUUGGAGCACACUACUCUGCGAGUCUUGCUGUAUGGUUCCGUCAACAAUAUCCACAUUUAGUACGCGGUGUCUGGGCAUCAAGCGCUCCACUCCCAUCAAUUGUGGAUUUCGAUCAAUAUAAAGUAGCGAUCGGAGCUGCAUUCCGUCGAUUAGGUGGCGAUUCUUGUUACAAUGCUCUGGAAGCUGGUUUCAGUUCAACCCUAGAGAUGAUAGAAGCAGAAGAAUGGGAAGAACUUAGUGAAUAUUUCAGACUAUGCUGGGAUCUUGGACCCGAUGAUGUUCCUCACUUUUUCGGUAUUAUGGGCGAAUUUUAUGGCCUUCUGCCGAUCACAGCAACCGAAGCGUCGAUCAGGGGCACAUGUGCUCUUCUGCAAGGACCUGGUCAUCCAGUUGCAAAUGUUGCAGCAAUUUUGAACUUCUUCUUCGCCCCCGAUGAGUGUUUGGUAAUUGAUCAUGCUUACAUCAUUGAAGCGGAGCGUCAAAUAGAAUGGGAUGCACCAGCUGUAGUAGUUGGUGACCGGCAAUGGUCGUAUCAGAUGUGCUCGUCGAUCGGAUGGUUCCAUACAUCAGGGGCAUUUCCCGAUCAACCUUUUGGCGAUGCUUUCCCAGUUGAAAUCUAUCAUGAAACCUGCGAGGAGAUUUUCGGAGCUUCAUUUACACCAGAUCGCCUUGAGCGGAACUCUAACCGAUUCAACACUUUCUAUGGUGGCCUAACACCUCAGAUUACGAACGCUGUUUUUGUAUAUGGUCAACACGACCCAUGGAAUGUUAUUGGCCGUACCACAGACUUAAAUGACGAUGCUGUAUCUAUUGUUAUUGCUGGUGGUACUCAAGGAAACGACUUACCCCCAAUCCGAGAUAAUGAUUCAGCAGCUGUAGUUGCAGCGAAACGUCGCAUUCAGGAACUCAUUGAAGGAUGGCUCGCCUAAGCUGGUUGGUUUCGGGUUUGGUGGAAUUAUCAAAACAACAAAUAUUUUGUAAUAAGAUUCGAUACACAACAAAUAAACUUAGACAAA